AUGCACAGCUUUUUCUUCUAUCAGGAUCUAAGUGUGAUCUCCAAACUGAUGGGCUGUUCUGGGGAGUUUGUGCUGAUGGUCCCUGAGUUCUCACCACAGAAGAGGAGCAAGCUAUCUAAAAUGAUUCUUACACAAAAUCUAAAGAUCAGAGGAUUAUUUGCAUUGUCUUUCUUAGGAGCAGCUGAAAGUGCACCAACCAGGUUCUGUCGCAACCUGACGGCCCUUGACUACCACAACCCUGCUGGCUUCAACUGCAAAGAUGAAACAGAAUUUAGAAACUUUAUUGUUUGGUUUGAAGACCAGAAAAUCAGACACUACAAGAUUGAAGACAGAGGUCAUUUAAGAAACAUUCACAGCAGUGACUGGCCCACGUUCUUUGAAAAGUGUCCCACAGAUGUUAACUAUCCUUUCAAGAUUCAAGAUCAACAAGAAGCAAUUGAUUGGCUUCUUGGUUUAGCUGUUAGACUUGAAUAUGGACAUAAUGCUGAAAAAUACAAGGCUGAUAAUACAAAAAAUGGUGACAAUGCAGCUAAAAAUGCAGAGCCAUUGAUCAACUUGGAUAUUAAUAAUCCUGAUUUUAAGGCUGGUAUAAUGACUUUGGCUAACCUUCUUCAGAUUCAGCUUCAUGGUGAUUACCUGGUAAUGCUUCAGGCAAUUUGCAUUUUGGCCCAAGAGCACCUGACACAGGAAGAAAUUGCUAAAGCAAGUCAAGCAAAAGAGGGAUUACCUGUUGCUUUAGACAAGCAUAUCCUUGGUUUUGACACAGGAGAUGCAGUUCUUAAUGAAACUGCUCAAAUUCUGAGAUUGCUGCAUAUAGAAGAGCUCAGAGACCUACAGACAAAAAAUAAUGAAGCCAUAGUGGCUGUUCUGGCAAUUAUUGCUGAUCCAAAGACAGACCACAGACUGGAGAAAGUUGGAAGAUGA